AAUAAUAAUAAUAAUAAUAAUAAUAAUAAUAAUAAUAAUAAUAAUAUCAACGAAAGCUCAUCAUCAACAAGUGUUGCACCGGUUUUAAGACCGCAUACUGGAGGCGAUGUCCGAUGGGAAGCCAUAAAUUCGGUGAUUUCAAGAGACGGAGAAAUCGGGCUUAGCCAUUUCAGACUGUUGAAAAGAAUCGGGUAUGGAGACAUUGGGAGCGUGUAUUUAGUAGAGCUCAGGGGGACGAACGCGUACUUUGCAAUGAAAGUGAUGGACAAAGCUUCGUUAGCCAGUCGAAACAAACUCCUUCGAGCUCAGACAGAAAGGGAGAUUCUUGGUCUUCUUGAUCACCCGUUUUUGCCAACUCUUUAUUCCUACUUUGAAACCGACAAAUUUUAUUGUUUGGUGAUGGAGUUCUGUGGUGGAGGUAAUCUCCACACACUUAGACAAAAGCAACCAAACAAGCAUUUUACGGAGGAAGCAACCAGGUUCUUUACAUCACAAGUAUUGUUGGCACUUGAAUACCUACACAUGUUAGGGAUUGUAUACAGGGAUCUAAAGCCAGAAAAUGUACUAGUUAGAGAUGAAGGUCAUAUCAUGCUCUCGGAUUUCGACCUAUCCCUCCGUUGUUCGGUUAACCCGACUCUAGUUAAGUCAACACCGGGACAAGGAGGCAACAAUAUAGGGGCAAAUGGUAGUGGUAUGGUGGAGGAUGACAAUGUGGUACAUACUAGUAGUAGUCAAACAUCCAACUUUUUUCCAAGAAUCUUACCUUCAAAAAAGAACAGGAAAACAAAAUCAGAUUUUGGAUUCCUUGUAGGAGGGCAACUGCCAGAGUUCAUGGCCGAGCCGACAAAUGUUCGGUCCAUGUCGUUCGUAGGCACCCAUGAGUACUUAGCACCCGAAAUCAUACGAGGCGAAGGUCAUGGGAGUGCAGUAGAUUGGUGGACAUUUGGUGUCUUUUUAUACGAGUUGCUUCAUGGGACGACACCUUUUAAAGGGCAAGGGAAUCGCGCUACAUUGUUUAACGUAGUCGGGCAACCUUUACGGUUUCCUGAAAGUCCACAAGUGAGCCAUAUGGCUCGUGAUCUAAUGAAGGGUCUUCUCGUGAAGGAACCACAUAAGCGAAUCGCGUAUAGGAGAGGCGCAACUGAGAUUAAACAACAUCCGUUUUUCGAAGGCGUAAACUGGGCACUUGUUCGGAGUGCUCAUCCUCCUCAUGUGCCGGAGCCUAUUGAUUUUAGCCAAUUUGCAAGCAAAGACAAUCCUGCAGGAGGACCUCAGUCAUCUGAAAAGAAGGUCACUGAAAAUAACAAGAGUAGCUCUACUGAUCCUUGUUAUGCUAAUUUUGAAUACUUUUAG